CAUAUUAUCCUUCCCUGUUCUGUGGUCCUAUUAGAAUAUUUGUUGUUAUUACUUUGAUGUUCGGUGUUUGUCAUUUGAAGUGAAUUAAACUUAGUUUUAAAAUUACUGAAAAAUUAUCAUACGGUACAGAUGUGAAUUUACUGUCUUCCAUUAUAUUUGAAUUACCUACUUUAUUUACUUAAUCAUUGAAGUGUUUUAGAAAUUAGUGCUUAUAUGAUAUUCAAAAUAAACCAAGAUGACUGAGGACUUCAUGGAAUCCUUACUACGUUGCGGACUCUACUUAGGAGCAGUAUUUCAAUUAAUAUGUAUUGCAGCUGCAGUGAUACUGCCGGAUAAAGUUUCCGAUUCUGCAGGCAGCUAUUGCAAGGAGCUGGACGUAAGCGAGGAGGAGGGCUCGGAGCACAGCACGCCCCAGGCCACGCCACGGCGCCCGCACGGACACCACCGCCCGCGCAAGCAGGAGAAGAAGAAGCGCAGAUAACUGGACAUCACUCCCCGCUCUGCGCCUCAUCUGCAGUCGCCUCGUGAUGUGGACCGGCUUUCUCGUGAAUAUUGCUUGUGUCAGCAAGUAUGGGUACUGACGUUCAUCAGUCCGUAAAGACACCACCACCUAAAAUACAGUUCUUAGCGCAGUUUAAGAAUAAUCUAAUUAAACUCUCAUGUAGUACCAGUGUAGGAGUGCUGUAACACAGUUGGCACUGCUCGCUGGCGUGGCUGUUGUCCAAGGCUCCAGGCCGGGACGUGUAUUCGGUGUUCCAAUGGGAUGGGAUCUGAUGCGAUGUCAGUAUUAUUUUCUUUGUAAAAAAUAUUUCUCUAGUAUGUAUUUUACUUUUUAGUUAGUUUUUUUUACUUCGCAUAUGUAUGUGUUAGCACCAUAUAUAAGUAACGCUGUUGCAGUCCCUAUUGUGCAAUGUAAUCUGCUGUGCCAAGAAUAUGAUUAAUUUGCUGAGAUUAUAAUUUGAUUGCCAUGUG